AUGGCUGAUAAUAAUCGUUUAAAACUAUCAGCAAAAGAUGAAGCUUUAUUAAUAUUAGAAUAUCUUGAAAAUGAACAAAUGUCGAAAACAUUCCUAAGUUUUUUGGAUGAAAAUAAACAUCUAAAUGAUUUACGUUCACGUCUUUAUGAAAGUUAUGAAAAUUCCGAUCAAUAUCAAAAUGAUAAUGAAGUUAUUGAUUUUCAAACAUUUUUUAAUUACUCUAAACAAAAUGAAUGUCUUGAUCAAACAUUUUUAUCUCCACAAAUUGCAAACAAUAAUUCAAAUGAUUUAUUUUUUGAUGAUGAUUUUUUAAAUGUUAAUUUAAAUGAUUUAAUUAGUCAAACACCACCAAUGGAUUAUCAACAUGAUUUACCUGAUACACCGGCACCAUCAGUACCACCAUUGAUAACAAAUGAUAAUGAAGAUUUCAAUUCUGCACUUGAGCAAUUAUUUGCUAUGCAACAUGAACCAUUAGCAACACCGCCUCAUCAAAUUGUUCAAAUAAUACCUGAUAUUAAUCCUAAACCAUCAUUUACAAAAUGUAUUGUUGUAACACAUGAUUUUCUUCAAUCAAUGUAUACUCAACAGCAACAACAACCGACAAUAACAAGUAAUAAUAUUAAUUCAAUUCCACGAACAAAACGACGUCGACGACGAUUAAAAGUUGGAAAAGAAAAUUAUUAUCAACAGAGAAAAAUUAUGCCAAGAACAUCACCCGAUGAUUAA